GGCUUGCGGAAGAUGGCGGCGCCCAGAGCCGUAGCGUGAAAUUUGGUGGUGGUAGUCGCAGGCCAUUCGUGCUGGAAUCACAACAGUGGGACCGUGCGUCAUGUCGCGACUGAUCGUGAAGAACCUCCCAGAUGGGAUGAAGGAGGAGCGUUUCCGGCAGCUGUUCACCGCCUUCGGCACACUGACAGACUGCAGCCUCAAGUUCACCAAAGGCGGCAAGUUCCGCAGGUUCGGCUUCAUCGGCUUCAAGUCCGAGGAAGAGGCCCAAACAGCGCUGAACCAUUUCAACAAGAGUUUUAUCGACAUGUCCCGGAUCACGGUAGAGUUCUGCAAGUCGUUUGGGGACCCGACAAAGCCCCGAGCCUGGAGCAAGCAUGCCCAGGAAACAAGCCAGUCCAAGCCCCCUCCGAAAGACAAAGACUCCAUCUCCCCAGAAACUAAGAAGGAUGACAAGAAGAAAAAGGUAGCAGGUGAACUGGAGAAGCUGAGGGAAGAUAACGAGUUCCAGGAGUUCCUGUCAGUUCACCAGAAGCGGACGCAGGUGGCCACCUGGGCGAAUGAUGCCCUGGACGUUGAGCCCUCGAAAGGGAAGAACAACUUGGCCGAAGACUACCUGAACUUCGACUCCGACUCAGGGCAGGAGAGUGAGGAGGAGGGAGCCGGAGAGGCCCCGGAAGAGGAGGACAGCAGCCUCGAACCCGAGGCAGCCACACGGAAGGAGCUGUCGGACAUGGAUUACCUGAAAUCCAAGGUGGUGGAGGCCGAGUUGUCAUCCUCAGAGGAGAGUGAAGAUGAAGCCGUGAACUGCGAGGAAGGGAGCGAGGCCGAGGAAGAGGGUUCCUGCACCCCCGCCGCCCAGCAGGACAGGGAGGCGGCCCGAGCCGAGACCGAGACACCAGCCAACCAGAAGAAACGCACCACCACCCACACCGUGAAGCUGCGGGGAGCCCCGUUCAAUGUCACAGAGAAAAAUGUCAUGGAAUUCCUGGCACCCCUGAAACCGGUGGCCAUUCGAAUAGUGAGAAAUGCCCAUGGAAACAAAACAGGGUACGUCUUUGUGGAUUUCAGCAGUGAAGAGGAAGUGAGGAAAGCUCUGAAAUGCAACAGGGAAUACAUGGGUGGACGCUACAUCGAGGUGUUUAGGGAAAAGAACGUCCCCGCAGCCAAGGUGCCCCCAGAGAACAGCGCCAAACCCUGGCAAGGCCGGACACUCGGGGAGCAUGAAGAGGAAGAGGACCUGGCCGACUCUGGGAGGCUCUUUGUGCGAAACCUGCCCUACACCAGCUCCGAGGAAGACCUGGAGAAGCUCUUCUCCAAAUACGGUCCCCUGUCUGAGCUGCAUUACCCCAUCGACAGCCUGACCAAGAAGCCCAAGGGCUUUGCCUUCGUCACCUUCAUGUUCCCGGAGCACGCUGUGAAGGCCUACGCGGAGGUGGAUGGGCAGGUGUUCCAGGGCAGGAUGCUCCACGUGUUACCAUCCACCAUCAAGAAGGAGGCCAGCGAGGACGCAGACGCCCCAGGAUCAUCGUCUUACAAGAAGAAGAAAGAGUCAAAAGACAAAGCCAACAGCUCCAGCUCUCACAACUGGAACACGCUGUUCAUGGGCCCGAAUGCAGUGGCCGACGCCAUCGCCCAGAAGUACAGCGCCACCAAGAGCCAAGUGUUUGACCAUGAGACCAAGGGCAGCGUGGCCGUGCGCGUGGCCCUGGGAGAGACCCAGCUCGUCCAAGAGGUGCGGCGCUUCCUCCUCGACAAUGGGGUCAGUCUGGACUCCUUCAGCCAGGCCGCCGCUGAGCGAAGCAAGACCGUGAUCCUGGUGAAGAACCUCCCGGCCGGCACCCUGGCGGCCGAGCUGCAGGAGACCUUUGGCCGCUUCGGCAGCCUGGGUCGCGUGCUGCUGCCAGAGGGCGGCAUCACGGCCAUCGUGGAGUUCCUGGAGCCGCCGGAGGCCCGCAAGGCCUUCCGACACCUGGCCUACUCCAAGUUCCACCACGUCCCCCUGUAUCUGGAGUGGGCUCCGGUGGGCAUCUUUUCCAGCCCAGCCCCACAGAAGAAAGAACUCCAAGAUGCACCAGCAGAGCCGGCCGGAAAGGACAGGAUGGAGCCAGAAACAGGGGGGGCCCAUGCAGACGGCGAGACCCCAGAAGGUGAAAAGCUGACAGAGGGAGCAGCACACGACACUUCAGCAGAGGUGGAGGAGGAAGAGAAUGAGGAGAGCCUUCCCGGGUGCACGCUGUUUAUCAAAAAUCUCCAUUUCGACACGACCGAGGAGACGCUGAAGGGGGUAUUUUCCAAAGUGGGUGUGGUGAAGAGCUGCUCCAUUUCCAAGAAGAAGAACAAAGCAGGCGCGCUGCUGUCCAUGGGGUUUGGAUUCGUGGAAUACAGGAAACCGGAGCAGGCCCAGAAAGCUCUCAAACAGCUCCAGGGUCACGUCGUGGACGGCCACAAGCUGGAAGUCAGGAUCUCAGAACGCGCCACCAAGCCAGCCCUGACGUCCGCUCGGAAGAAACAGGAGCCCAGAAAGCAGACAACCUCCAAGAUCCUGGUGCGGAACAUCCCCUUCCAGGCUGACAGCCGUGAGAUCCGCGAGCUCUUCAGCACCUUCGGGGAGCUGAAGACAGUCCGCUUGCCGAAGAAGAUGACGGGGAUGGGCUCGCACAGAGGGUUCGGCUUCGUCGACUUCCUCACCAAGCAGGACGCGAAGAGGGCCUUCAGCGCCCUGUGUCACAGCACCCACCUGUACGGCCGGAGGCUGGUGCUGGAGUGGGCCGACUCCGAGGUGAGCCUGCAGGCCCUGCGGCGGAAGACGGCCGAGCACUUCCACGAACCCCCGAAGAAAAAGCGGUCUGUGGUGUUGGACGAGAUCCUGGAGCAGCUGGAAGACAGUGAGGACGGCGGUGACGAGCAGACCCUUCAGCCGUGAGCUGGCGCCGAGGGAAAUCUAAGAAGCAGCAUGGAGGCUCACAGCCGCGUGCAGGCAGAGCUGGGAUGUCCUCGCUCAAAGCUCACCAGUUCCCAGUUCAUCUUGAAGCCACUUUUAGGUGGUUCCAAACUCUUUUGACCACAGGACCCCUUUUUCCAAGCAAAAGUCUUAGAAAAACCAAGAACCCCAAUGUAGAAAACAGAGAAAGUAGAACCGCUCUAUUCAAAGUCAGGGUGUAAGGACCCCCACGUGUUCAUCCUCCCUGUCAGGAGUUGGUUGGAAAACCACUGAUGUAAACAUGUCUCAUGAAGCAUGGAGUGCAGGCUUCCGUGGUACACGAGGUGAUUUUAGGCAGCCCAUAAACUUUAUUUUUUUUAAUUUUUAACUUAUGGGUUUAUUUUCACAUGUAUGUUACAAUUGGAAAUAUACAGCUAGCUCAUCAAGCCAAUGGUUUUGCCAAGCCCUAAGGAGGAAAAAAAAAUAGUGAAUUUGUAUAAAGAAAAUUAUUAACAUGAAUGUGAUACAAAGAAGUGGUAAAGGGGGCUUCCCUGGUGGCGCAGUGGUUGAGGGUCCACCUGCCGAUGCAGGGGACGCAGGUUCGUGCCCUGGUCCGGGAAGAUCCCACAUGCUGCAGAGCGGCUGGGCCUGUGAGCCAUGGCCGCUGGGCCUGCGCGUCCAGAGCCUGUGCUCCACAACGGGAGAGGCCACAACAGUGAGAGGCCCGCGUACGGAAAAAAAAAAAGAGAGACAGAAGUGGUAAAGGGAAUUCCCUGGCUGUCCAGUGGUUAGGACCCCAUGCUUUCACUGCCAAGAGCCUGAGUUCAAUCCCUGGUCAGGGAGCUAAGAUCCUGCAAGCCACACAGCUUGGCCAAAAAAAAAAAGUGGUAAAUAAGGGACAUGAGUGAUCUAAACUGGGGGUUGGUAGUCUGCGGGCCUGUGGGCCAGGUCCAGCUGCUGCCUGUUUGUAAAAAUAAAGUUUUAUUGGCACACAGCCAUGCCCAUUGGUUUACAGAUGGUCUAGGCUGCCCUCCUGCUGCAGUAGCAGAGCUGAGUAGUUAAAACAGAGACUGUAUGGCCUGCAGAGCCCAAAAUAUUUACCGUCUGGACCUUAACAUCAAGUUUGCCAAUCCCUGAUCUAAGCAAGCCCCUCUAAUCUUGCAGCUCAGAAAGCCAGAGCCAGAGAGGGCGGGUGGCUUCGCCAAGGUCACACCGUGGCACUGCUCCCCAUUCUGUGCCCUUCCCAUCCUGCCACCUCUGCCCAGACCCAGCCAGCCUCCCUGGGCCAGAAUCCCAGCUCUGCCACUUGCCUGCAGCAUGACCUUGACCUUGCUCCUCGGCCUCUCUGUGCCUCGGUCUCCUCAUCUGUGAACUGAGAACGACGGCCAUACGACUCCUGGAGUUGUGAGGAUCAAGUGAGUACAGUAUGGUCCCUGCCAUGCAGCAAGCACUGUACGAGCGUUCGCCGUAGUUACCCCAUUCCCCAGCGUAAGGCGUGCCCCCCGGGCCCCGACAGGCUCUCGCCAUCACCCACCACGCAGCACAAACCCUGAGCCCAGGGCCUUCUGGCUCAGCAGCAAAAUAAGAGGGGCCCUGCAAUCUAAUUAGAGCAUCGCCAGAAGCCAGGGCUGCGUCCCCUCCAGCUUCUUUAAUAGACCCCACUUCCCCUUAAUUGCAGCUCUCAUGAAAACGACCCACUGGGGCUGCAGUGCCCCAUCCUUGGGCUCAGGCCAACAGCAAACAUUUCUCUGUAGUCGUGCAGAUUUCUGGACGGCAGCUGCUUCUGCCUUCCCUAGGAACAGUCUGGAGCCCUCCCUUCUCCUGGACCCCCCAAAACAUUCCAGGCGAUAAUAUCACCGCCAUCUUGCAUGUCUGUGUGUCGCCCCGCGGUUUACAAGGUGCUCUCGCAGGCUUGAGUCUCGGCUGCAACAAGGCAGAGGCUGUCGCUCUCAUUGCCCAGGUGAGGAAACUGAGGCUAGAGGACUGCAGUGAGCCGUGCAUGGCUAACACUCCAGGAAGAUGCUGGAACAAGGCAGGCCCCCCCUUGCCUCCAGGCAUCUUCACUGGCCACCGCCCACAGUCAAAGUUUUGGCUGCUUGGGAGAAGGAAGGACGCUUGAGGAGUGGUGGGCCACAUAAGACAUAGCCUAAAACACUGGUUCCUUUAAUGAUUCUCAAACUGUAUUUCCCAGAGGAGCUGGGAUGUGGGUCCAGAGCCCUUAAGCCCCUCCCCGUCCAGUAUUUCUAGUCUUGGGUUCAGUUGCCCAGCCCUCAAAGAAUAAGCAUCUCACCGCAACAGUUCUGAGCUGGGAGAUCUUUUGUAGACUGAAAUGCUAGCCAGCUUCUUCACCUGGUGCGCAACCAAAGAACAGAAGCCAGCUAGAGAUGCCGCCAAUUGUGGUGGCCUUGCAGACAGACGGUGUAUUAGAGUGUGUUUCCCCUGCUGUGACAGACCCCAAAAUCAGUGCUUUCAAGAAGAUGGAGGCGGACUUCUCCCACGUGACAUUGGGAAGGUGAGCACGCUCGCUCUGACAGGGCACUGCAUAGUGGCAGGGACCUGGCUGCCUCCAGAUCACACGGCCAGGAGGGCUCUCUCUGUGCAGGACCCGGCCAGCAGGAGGACAGAGCCUGGGCCGCCUCAUGUCACUUCUGCCCGCAUCUCUUUGGCCAGGACAGAGUCACAUGGUCAAACCUGCCUUCAAGGAACACUGGGAAAUAGUCUUUCUCCUGGGUGGCCGUCGGCCCAUUAAGACAUGGAGGUCCCGGUGCUGCAGGAAGCAGGAGAGGGAGUGUGGGAGUGGCUAUAGCAGCAUCUGCCGUGGACGCAGCCAGGCUGCUGCCCGGCGUCUUCACGGGUCAUUGUCAAGAUCAAUUUCACUGUCCCUGAUUGUCACCUUUUGAGCUGACUUUAGAACUCAGCCCCACGUGAGCGCCAUUCACAGAUCCAAAAAUAUUCUUCCAUGGAUUCUUUUUUUAAAUUUUUAUUGGAGUCUAGUUGCUUUACGAUCUUGUGUGUGUUUCUGCUAUACAGCAAAGUGAAUCAGCUAUACGUAUACAUAUAUACGUUCUUUGUUGGAUUCCCCUCCCAUUUAGGUCACAGCAUUGAGUAGAGCUCCCUGUGCUAUACAGUGGGUUCUCAUUAGUUAUCUAUUUUUUUAAAAUUUAUUUUAUUUAUUUAUUUUUGGCUGUGUUGGGUCUUCGCUGCUGUGCGCGGGCUUUCUCUAGUUGUGGCGAG